CAGUUCUUCUUCUUCUCUCCCAUCCCUAUAUAUAAAAUCGCCAUUUCUCCUUCACUACAAAUUUUUCUUCCUCAAUUUCCCAUUCAACUUCAUUCCCUGAAAAACCCUAGAGCCGUUUCUUCUGCUCUGCUGCGGAUUUGGGAGACUCCAUGGCCGUUUGAGGGAUUAUUCUGAAGAAGGAGCAGAGUUUCGGUACGAAAAAGUAAGAUGUAUGAAGAAACUGGCUGUUCUGAUCCUAACUCCAUGUCAGCGGAAGCUGUACGAGAAGUUUCAGAAAAUGGGUUUCCACAAACCAUGGUGCAUAUCGCCGCUUUGCCUUCGUUUCCUCCGCCGCUCAUCGCCGGUGGUAGCCAGGAAAAUGACGCCGGGUUUGAAGAGAAUCUCAAUCUUUCCAUGGAGGAGCUCUCCUAUCACCACCGCGGCGGUGGCGGUGGCGAUGCCAUGGAACUUGAGUUUCAGCAGCAAUCGGCCGCGGCUGUGGGGUUUGAUAACAGCACUCAUGAUGGUGGGAUUAACAUUAUUAACCCCAAUUUUGCUCAAGAUCAAGGGACUGGUGAUUCGAAUCGGAUGGUGUGUUUUGAUCAGUCCAAUUGGGUUGGGAAUCAAAUUCAAGAAAUGGGAUUAGGGUUUAAUCAUCACCAUCAUCAGAUUCAAUCUCAAGAGCAGCAGCAAUUUCCUGAUUCCGCCAUGGCCGCCUACAGUACUCAAGCUCCGGACCUCUUGAACUUCUUCAACCUGCCGGCGGCCAGAUGCUCGAAUUCCUCCCCUGUUCUUCCCAAUUCCUCCAUCUCCUUCUCCAAUCUCCACUCCUCCGCCAUGGGAGGCUUUCUCACAGACCUUCCCGCCGGCGGGGUCGACAGUGGAAACCCAUCUUCGACCUCGCUCUCUAUACUGUACGAUCCUCUGUUCCACCUGAAUCUGCCGCCGCAGCCGCCAUUGUUUAGGGAGCUGUUUCAUUCUCUGCCACACGGGUACGGUCUGCCUGCGGCGAGUUCCAGAGGGCGGGGAGGGAGCCUGUUCCCGGAGGGAGAGAUGGAGAGAGAGGGAACCGCCGGCGUUUAUGAGGACGGCGACGGGAGUGGAGUUUUGGAGUUCACAAGGGAUAUGGCGGAUUGUAUGGGGAAAGGGAGAGAUGGGAAAAUGACCAAACAUUUUGCCACUGAACGACAGAGGAGAGUUCAAUUGAAUGACAAAUACAAAGCUCUAAGGAGUUUGGUUCCUAACCCUACUAAGACUGAUAGAGCAUCCAUAGUGGGGGACGCCAUAGAGUACAUAAAAGAGCUUCUGAGAACAGUGAAGGAACUGAAGCUUCUGGUGGAGAAGAAGAGGUGCAGCAGGGAGAGGAGCAAGAGGCACCGGACGACGGCGGAGGAGGAGGGGGGCGGGGCGUGGGACGUAGAGAGCUCGAACGGGAAGGCGGUGGCGGCGGAGGCUGCAGGUGCAGAGGACCAGAGCUACAACUUGAGGAGCUCGUGGCUGCAGAGGAAGACCAAAGACACAGAAGUAGAUGUGAGAAUAAUUGACGAUGAAGUGACCAUAAAACUUGUUCAACGCAAACUCAACUGCUUGUUGAUUGUCUCCAAAUUGCUCGACGACCUUCACCUUGAUCUCCACCAUGUCGCCGGCGGCCACAUCGGCGAUUACUACAGCUUCUUGUUCAAUACCAAGAUAUAUGAAGGUUCAUCAGUGUAUGCAAGCGCCAUAGCCAGCAAGGUGAUAGAGGCAGUGGACAGACACCCACACCAAUAGCUAUUAGGUUUGAUGAUUUUACAUUCCUACCCUCCUAAUUCUUCAUUUCUUUAUCUUUAACUUAACUACUCUUUUUUUUUUCUAAAUAAAAACACAAACUCUUUAAUUCCAACAACUUUUAAUUUAAUUUCCCAUCUUCACUCUUCACUUACAUAUAUUACAUCACACAAUCUCUCUCUCCCUCUCUCUCUCUCUCUCUUAGUUGUUGCUUAAUUCUAGUUUGAACCUCAAAGUUUGGGACUUUUUUUUCCCUAAUAUUUCAAUGCUCAAAAUAAUGAAUUUCAAUCUUCUACUUACAACAUUGGAUCUGUUUGAUUAUAUGAAACUCUACAAGUAGUUUUGAUUGUGUCCUCUAUGGAUCGUUGACAUUAUAAUGUUAAGGUCGAGUUAAAUUUGAGACGGAUA